AGAGUUCAUAGGAUAGAUUAGACCCAUGCCUCCCCACUCUAUCCCUUCGCCACGUUCACGGGAAAACAUUAUUGGAAACCACAAAGGUGCACACUGCGCACCCCACCACCUCUCUACACUACCCUCUCUUCUCUCAACGAAAAAACAAAAGAAAAGCUUAAAACUUUGCACCACCCCACCUCCAAAUUUCAAGAUCAGACCCCAUUUUCCUCAAAAUUAACCCUUUUUUCACAUACUCAUUUGGAUUUUGCUUGGUGUAACUGUUACUUGUGCAACUAAACCUGAGCUUAAGUUGGGUUCUUUGAGUUUUCCCUUUCAUGGCGAUUAGUCUUCUUCUUUGGCUGCUGCUGGCCAAGGGUCUUGCGUUGGAGGGUGUAGUUGGUGCCACAUUUUCUUCUAGGCUUGUUCACCGCUUCUCUGAGGAGGCCAAGGCUCAUUUGGCUUCAAGGACCAACGGUUCUGUGCUUCAAAGUUGGCCUAAGAGGAACAGUUCUGAGUAUUUCAGGUUUCUUUUUAGCAGUGACAUGACACGGCAGAGGAUGAAGCUUGGUUCACAGUAUGAGUCUUUGUACUCUUCUGAAGGAAGCCAGACCUUCUACUUUGGAAAUGCGUUUGGUUGGUUGCAUUACACGUGGAUUGAUGUAGGAACUCCAAAUGUUUCAUUUCUUGUUGCGUUGGAUGCUGGAAGUGAUCUGCUUUGGGUUCCCUGUGACUGCAUUGAAUGUGCUUCCUUGUCACCCGGACAUUACAAUGUGCUUGAUAGGGAUCUUAAUCAGUAUAGACCAUCAUUGUCCAGUACCAGCAGACAUUUACCUUGCGGUCAUCAGUUGUGCAAUCUAAGUUCCCUUUGCAAAGGUUCUAAGGAUCCAUGCCCUUAUAUUGUUCAGUAUGUCUCAGAUAAUACCUCAACUUCUGGAUAUCUUAUUGAGGACAAACUACAUUUGGCUUCCUAUGGCAGACAUGGAGAACAAAAUUCUGUGGAAGCCUCUAUCAUUUUAGGUUGUGGAAGGAAGCAAACUGGUGACUAUUUAGAAGGAGUUGCUCCUGAUGGUGUUUUAGGGCUAGGACCGGGAAGCCUUUCUGUCCCAAGUUUGUUAGCAAAGGCUGGAAUUAUUCGGAAUUCCUUUUCAAUUUGUUUGAAUGAGAAUGAAUCUGGGAGAAUUCUCUUUGGCGAUCAAGGGCAUGUUACCCAACAUUCUACACCAUUCUUGGUUGCGGAUGGGGAUUUUAUUGGCUAUUUUGUUGGAGUAGAAAGCUUGUGUGUUGGGAGUUUAUGUUUCAAGGAAGCCAGGUUGCAAGCACUUAUUGACAGUGGAACCUCUUUCACAUAUCUUCCAGAUAAAGUUUAUGAAAAAGUUGUAGCAGAGUUUGACAAACAAGUAAAUGCAACCAGGAUUAGUCUCCAACAAUUCCCAUGGGAGUACUGCUAUAAUGCCAGUUCACAGGAGUUAAUUAACACUCCCCCUUUGAAGCUCACUUUCUCUAGGAAUCAAACAUUUUCAAUUCAAAAUCCAAUAUUGACUUAUUCUGAAAGUCAGGAAUACACCAUCUUUUGUUUGACUGUAAUCCAGUCUGAAGAUGACUAUUGUACCAUUGGACAAAAUUUCCUUAUAGGAUAUCGCACAGUCUUUGAUUGGGAGAAUCUACGGUUUGGCUGGUCUAGAUCAAAUUGUCAAGAUAGCACAGGAGAUAGAGCAAAUUUCUCAUCAUCUGGUGGUGGAUCAACAAAUCCUUUACCAGCCAAUCAGCAGCAGAGUUUCCCUAACAGUCGUAGCGUGCCACCCGCCGUCGCCGGACAUGCAUCCUCCAAAUCCUCUGCAGCCACACCUGGACAUUCCUCUAGGCAUUCCUUGAUUUCAUUGUUAAUGAUAUGUGUCACUGUUGGCUUUGGUUAUCUUGUUUUGUGUAUCUGAUUCACUUGUAAAUUUCUCUCCUUUCCUGACUCGACCGUUGUGCGGUUUUUGCUUUUUCAAUUUUGUAGGCUGUUGUAUCUAUUCGGCUUAGUGAGAUACUUAUAUUUAUUUUGGUAUAUUCUUUCGGUUUGUAGGCCUUUUUAAUCUAUUUAUCAUUUUAUUUUG